GGAAGAUAGUAAACUUCUCAAUGGCAGACUUUAAACCCUACCAUGCAGUGUGAAAAUUCCCAAUUCGCCCCUUCUUAGCUACCGGAAUCUCGCCGGAAACUUUGAGGAGCCACCAGAAAAUGGCGUCAAUAGUAUCAGAAACCGUUCCGAAGUUCACCGUGGAAGCUCUCAAAUCCGCAGCUAAACAAUCUGAACGUUGCCAUAUUGUUCCUAUCCGUCUUCGUAGAGCUAUCAAAAAGUAUCUCCGAGAGCAAGAGGAGCCACAUAUGAAGAGAAAAGUGUUGAGAUUAUCAGAAUCAUUCAGCCAAAUAAAGGAAGUGAAUUUGAUGCUUCCAACCUCCACAUCUAAGGAGCUUUUUGAAGAUCCUCUCAAGUCUGUUGAUUGUUCGCAGCGGUGGAAAAUCAAAAGUGCCUAUGGUGACAUUGGCCUUAAGUAUAGGGAUGAUGAAACACUUGCCUAUGUGGCGACCCGUAUGCCUGCUGUCUACUCUGCUCUUUAUAGAGUCCUUAGUGAGGUACGCAGAAGAUCGCCUGGUUUUUCACCUGCUAAGGUGUUGGAUUUUGGGGCUGGGACUGGUUCCGCAUUUUGGGCAGUUAGAGAAGUGUGGCCACGGUCAUUGAGUAGAAUUAAUUUGGUAGAGCCAUCACAGUCCAUGCAGCGUGCCGGACAGAGCCUUAUUAAAGGUCUUAAAAAUUUGCCACUCAUUCAAAGUUAUGGAAGUAUUCAAGCACUCUCUCAGGAUGUCAAAAAGAGUGACAGACAACAUGAUCUUGUGAUUGCUUCGUAUGUACUUGGAGAAAUUCCAUCUCUGAAGGACAGAAUCACGGUUGUACGCCAGCUUUGGGAACAGACAGGAGAUGUUCUGGUCUUGGUAGAACCAGGAACACCACAAGGAUCUAAUAUUAUAUCUCAAAUGCGGUCUCAUAUUUUAUGGAUGGAGAAAAGGAGAAGCCGCAAACUAAAAAGUGCAUCUGGCAAAGACUCUAAAGCAUUGACGACACUAAAGAAUGGGGCAUAUAUAGUUGCUCCGUGUCCACAUGAUGGACGUUGUCCUUUGGAUAACACUGGAAAAUAUUGUCAUUUUGUUCAACGCUUGCAAAGGACAACAUCGCAACGUGCCUACAAGCGGUCGAAAGGAGAGCCUCUACGUGGCUUUGAAGAUGAAAAGUUUUGCUUCAUCGCUUUUAGACGAGGAGAGCGGCCAAGGCAAGUUCAAGAAUACGGAAUGCCAAUGGUUAAAUUAUUUUUAGCUUUAAUCAUUACCAUUGUGAAAGAGCCUUGGCCACUGGAUAGUAUGAAGUUUGAGACAUUGAAGGAGCAGCAUGCCAGAAGAAAUCCAGAGGAUUUAGAGAUUGAUUAUGAGGACCAAUUCAUCUCAGAAGAUGAGGAUGUUCAAGAUGAAGAAGACCAUAUCUCAUAUGAUUCCGAUGCUACAGAAACAGAUGCCAUUACUGAAAAUGAUGAUAGGGAGGAAGAAGGUGAAGAAACGGCCCAUGCCGAUCUUGGUGGUGGUUGGGGAAGAAUCAUAUACAGUCCUCUACGAAGGGGUAAGCGGAUUGAAAUGGAUGUUUGUCGAUCAAUGAAUCGAGAAGGCAGUGAAGGGUCGUUUGACCGGAUUGUUAUUACAAAGAGCAAAAACCCAACAUUGCAUCAUCAGGCAAGAAGAUCGCUCUGGGGCGACUUAUGGCCCUUCUAAAUUUUGUUAGAAAAAUGGCACUCAAGGCUUUUGGUCUAUCAGUAAGAGCCUUACUAGUAAGACCACGAGUUCAAAUCUUGCCACAAACAAAAUAGUAAGACCACUUGACUGUAAGGAAAGGGGUUUAGCGAGACAGGAAGCCUCCAUCGAAGAGAAACUGGGAGACCACGAGUUCAAAUCUUGCCACAAACAAAAGGCUGGUAUUCAAGUGCAGAAGAGUGGAGGGGCACGUCUAUUAUCCAUCGAGUCUCAAACUAUGCGACACUUGCCCUCGUUAUCAAAGAAACUAUUUUUGUUAGGAAAAAUCUUUAAAGUGUAGUUUCUUUUGUCCUUAAUCUAAUAGAUGUAUUUUCAUGUGUACCUAUUUUCUGAAAAAAGAGAAGUGAAGUCAGAUGGUUAUUCUGUAAUGACAGACGAUAAGAUUGUGCCAAAUGGCUGAAAAAGUAAAGUUACUGUGUACAUGUGAAUCACAUGUCCCUUUUUCAUAAUUUUGGUAAUGAAUAAAGGUGAAUCAUCACGUGCCAGCAUAGAAGAAUGGCUCCACACUUUUGUAUA